GGGAAGGGGUGAGAUCUUUCUGCUUCUCUCUGUACCCAGACCUGAUAGAGGGAAAGGCUGAACCUUCCUGUAACUACUUCCUGUUUCCUGUGUCCCUGGCCUGCUGCGUUCUCCAGAGAUGGAAACAAGGAGGUUAGAGGGGAAAUGGGAGAAUGAAGAGCCGGACACUGAGGAUCCUCUGGACACAAUAAAGAGGGAAAUGGAUCCGGUUCCUGGGGCCGCAGCUUCCCUAGAGCUAAAACCAGAAGUAUUACAGGUAAAGGAGGAAGAACCAGACUAUGAAUAUUACCUGCACACAAUAAAGAGGGAAAUGGAUCCCGUUCCUAGGGCCGCUUUACUCACACCUGUCUCUUCCUUACUGGCAGCUUCCCCAUUGGCUGAAUCAGAAAUAUUACAGAUAAAGAUAAAGGAGGAAGAAUCGGACCCUGAAGAUCAUGUGACCCCAGUGGAAAGUUUAGCAGUACCAGUUAGUGAUGGGGGUGGGAACAUGAAGGCUGAGCACAGUUCUGAACUGCCCAAACCAGAGACUGACUGGGAGUCCGGCACAAGAUCUGGCGAUUGCUUAACAAGCUCUGAUGGAUCAGGUUUUAUCUGCAGUAAAUGUGGGGAAACCUUCCCUUUAAAUAGUGAAGUCACCCACGUUUGUGGGACACUAGUGAGAACCGACACAGGAGAGACUCCUUUCACUAGUAUGGAAGGUGAGGAGAGUUUUACUGACAGAGGGAACCUUCCUGAACAUCAGAGAACUUACACAGGGGAGAAACCAUUCACCUGUACAGAAUGUGGCAAAGGUUUUACUCAGAAGCAAACCCUCCGAAACCACAUUAAACUUCACACCGGAGAAAAACCUUACUCUUGUACAGAAUGUGGGAAAAGUUAUACUAACAAGAGCGGCCUUCAACUGCAUAAGAGAACUCACACUGGAGAGAAACCUUUCACCUGUACUGAAUGUGGGAAAAGCUUUUCUCAGAAGAACAAUCUUGCGGUGCACAAAAUGAUUCAUAAACACAAGCCCUUCUCUUGUAACGAAUGUGAGAAAAGUUAUUCUGAUCUGGAAAAGCUGCGUGUGCACCAAGCAGUUCACAUGGGGGAAAACUCAAUUAAAUGUAAAGUGUGUGGGAAAUGUUUUUCUCACAAAAUCAAUCUUAAAACCCACGAGAGAGUUCACACUGGAGAGAAACCAUUCACCUGUACAGAAUGUGGCAAAAACUUCUCUUUCAUCACUAGUUUUAUUCAACACACAAGACUUCACACAGGGGAGAAACCAUAUUCAUGUGCCGACUGUGGGAAACAAUUCUUGCAAAAAAGCAACAUGCGAGUUCAUCAGAAGAUUCACACCAGAGAGAAAAAUCUCACCUCUUCUGAAUCUGGGGGAAAUGUUUCUGUUACGGCCAGUGUUCAAAGUGAUCCCACUGCAGAGAAACCAUUCACCAGUACAGAAUGUGGGAAAACUUUCUCUAGAGAAGGCACCCUUGACAUGCACCAGAAAAUUGACACUGAGGAGAAUCCUUUUACUUGUACAGAAUGUGGGAAAAAGUUUACAGAAAAUGGAAAACUCCAAAGGCACCAAAGAACUCACACUGGAGAGAAACCAUUCACCUGCAUGGAAUGUGGGAAAAGCUUUGCUGACAAGGGCACCCUUCGUAAACACAGAAAUACUCACACUGGGGAGAAUCUUUGCACCUGUACAGAAUGUGGGAAAAAGUUUACGGAAAAGGUUAAACUCCAAAGGCACAUAAGAACUCACACUGGAGAGAAACCAUUCACCUGUACGGAAUGUGGGAAAAGCUUUGCUGACAAGGGCACCCUUCGUAAACACAGAAAUACUCACACUGGGGAGAAUCUUUGCACCUGUACAGAAUGUGGGAAAAAGUUUACGGAAAGCAGAAAACUCGAAAGGCACCAAAGAACUCACACUGGAGAGAAACCAUUCACCUGUACGGAAUGUGGGAGAAGCUUUACAGAAAAGGCAUCCCUUCAUCAACACAGAAUAACUCACACAGGAGAGAAACCCUUCACCUGUACAGAAUGUGGGAAAUAUUUUUCUUUGAAGAGCUCCCUUCAGAGGCAUAAGAAAAUUCACACUAGAGAGAAACUGCUCUCCUGUACGGAAUGUGGGGAAAGCUUUGAAGAAAAGGAGUCCCUUCUUCAACACAGAAGAACUCACACAGAAGACAAACCAUUCACCUGUACAGAAUGUUGGAAAUCUUUUUAUGACAAGGGCUCCCUUCAGAGACAUAAGAGAAUUCACACUGGAGAGAAACCAUUCACCUGUACAGAAUGUGGUAAAAGCUUUUUUCAAAAGGGCAAUCUCAACUUACACAAAAUGAUUCACAUAAAAACCCUUUGAAUGUGGCUAAUGUGACAAAAGUCUGACUUGAAAAUACAUUCUGUGCAACAAGCAGAUCACGUAGAGGAGAAAGACUUUGUAAUAAAGGGAGGAACCUUUAUUAAUCAUUUUAUCAAUGAAUAUUAAUAAAAAAUAUUAAUACAAAUAUAAAGGACCAAUGAUUAAGCCUUCUGAUGAACUACCAGUGAGCAAUAACUUACACACACACAAGUAAUAGUACAAUUAAAUAGAUUCACUCGGCUUAAUAUGAAGUGUUUACAGAGAUGGUCAAUUCUGCAUCAGUUCAACAGACAUGAUGGAACCUCACAACCUUUGGUGCUUGACCUUCCUGAUAACAAAGCAGAGGAUCCAAAUUCCUGACACACUCAUGGGUCUGAGGUGAAGUUAUUGACCAAACAUUGAGUGUUUCUUCUAUAGUCAAUCUCUGAGGAGACCUCUAACUCCAAAUGCUGUCCUGUACAAUAUUGUUGAAGAAUUUCUAAAAGAUCAGGAGGAACUUUAUAUCUCCUCAACCAGGUCUGUCUACUCAUUCUUAAAGAUGUUUCCUGGCCAACUAGACUAUUGCUAUGGAAUGUUGGCCCAGCAAUAUAAGUAUACCAGGGACAUUGGACUCAAAAUCCUACCUAAACUUAAGGUUUGUAUUCACUAUAAAUUAAAAAUAUACUGUAAAUCAUCAUAAAGACCAUUAUUAAAAAAUUCACACUGGAGAGAAAAUGUUCACUUGUACAGAGUGUGGGAGAAAGGAGUAGCUUUCGCAUACCCCCCCCCCCCCAAAAAAAAAAACACACUUGGGAGAAAUGUUUCACAAAUGUUUUUCAAAUGUGGGGAAAGUUUUUUACUGACAAGAGAAUUUACACUUUAGAGAAACCUUCCACCUGUAUAGAAUGUGGAGUUUUUACUGAAAACUGCAUCCUUCAAGUUCUUCAUAGAACUCUCACUGGAGAGAACCCAUAUUCCUGCCCAGUAUAGGGGAAAUGGUUUUCUGUUAAAGUGGUUCUGUCACCCAGACACAAAAAUCUGUAUAAUAAAAGUCCUUUUCAAAUUAAA